CGCACGUGAUGUAGCGAAAGUGCAUGGAGUGCUUUGAGAAAAACUGGGGCAUCUUCUCACAGUUAUGCCCCCUGUACAUGCUGAAGUACUACUGAGAAUGCAGUAAUUCCUCGUAUCCAUCAUGCUGAGUCGCUUGCAGGAGCUCAAAAAGGAAGAGGAGACUCUUCUGAAAAUAAAAGUCAUGCUGCAAGAUCAGCUUAACAGACUGAAGUUUGAAGAAGGGGCUCUGAAGUCAAUGAUUAAUGGCCAGUCUGAGGAGAGCCCAACUGAUCCGGCUCCUCCUGAGGUUGAAGUCAACCCAGACAACGAGAGUGAAAUUAACCAAACUAAACUAGUACUGGGUGCUCCCAAUGACUAUGAAAUGGAAGAGGAAGAGGAGGAGGAUGAUGACGAAGAGGAUGAGGAUGAUCUCGACAUGGUUCAUGAGGAUUAUGAGGAGGAAGAGGAUGACUACUGAAUUUACAUUUGAAUAGCAAAUAGCACAUUUGCUGUUUAGGUGUGUAACAUCCAAAAUGGCAUGUCGAAAGAUAUAUAUUGAUAGCUUGUACCUGUUUCUCCUUUUAUCCAAGAAUGGCACUGUGUUGUAUUAUUUAUUGGUGCAAGACAUCUUUAGAACCAACCAGAAACUUGUGUAGCAAGCACAGAAGACAUCUUUUGGUACUGUACACUAGACUAAGCCUACACUGUUAUUUUUUGUAGGUUUAAGGCUGCUCAAACAUUGUAUUUCCUUAGGCAUAUUUAGAAAUCUGUAGCCUAUGUUUCAGAUGGCAGUGUGUUAAAGGGUGAAUGUACUGUUGUAAAGCUGUUGUUUAAUGGUGACUUUAUAGUAUUUGUAUUUAAGUUUUGGACAUUUUGGAGUAUGUUUUAUUGUAAUUGGAAAGACAGAUGGAAUGAAUGCAUGUGUAGAUGUGGAUGUAAUGCAUGUGCAUGGAGCAUUUCCUGAUGAGCCAGUAAUGUACAAUAAUGUUUGUACUUCGUUAAUAUUGUAAAAGUUCAGCAUAAUUCAAUUAUGUAAGCACAAUACAGAAGUUGAGGCCCCUU